AAAAUGGCUGAAGAGUUUCUCCGCGAUCAUCCAGGCUGAGGCCGUUCGUUCUCUCCGACGUCCAGCUCACUGACACCGAAAUCGGCAGUGGGGCUUACGGCAAAGUGGAGGAGGUGGUCGUUUCUGUGGGCGCCGCCGCCAAAACAAUCUACGCCUUCUUGCGAGAGGGGGAUGCCACGACCGCCGAACUGCCUAAGGCCGCGACCCAGUUCGUGAGGGAAUGCCAACUUAUGAGCACCCUCCGUCACCCGAACAUCGUUCAGUUUCUGGGCGUCGCUUUCUUUCCCGGCUCGCGACUGCCUGCCCUCGUCAUGGAGCGACUGCUGACGAGUCUUCACGAUUUGCUGGCUCCGGACACGCCCCCUCCGUCCGGCGCCGUCACACCGCUAUCUUUCUUCUCCAUGGCUCUCAAGUGCUCCGUACUGCACAACGUAGCGUGUGGCCUAGCAUACCUCCACGAGCGAUCAUCGCCCGUCAUCCACCGCGACUUGUCGGCCAGAAAAACGUUCUCCUGGACUCGCAGAUGGUGGCCAAGAUAGCCGACCUGGGCGUGGCUCGUAUCGUUCCUCGUGUGAGAGCUGCAGCCACCAUGACAACGGGACCUGGGGCUCCAGUCUACAUGCCUCCAGAGGCAACUGCUCCUGCUGCUUCCAACAUUGAAAUGUCGAAAUACGAUACCAGUGUUGAUAUUUUUUCUGUUGGAGUUGUUGCCAUUUUCACAAUCGGUGAAAUCUUUCCCUGUGAUCCUCUUGCUCCAACUUUUGCAGAUGAGAAAAGUGGGGAGGUCGUAGCUCGCACUGAACUACAGCGACGCAGCCAUUACAUGCGAAACGUAAACAAGGAACUCCGUGCCUGUGACCAGCUCCGUGGGGACCACCCUCUCAUUCGGCUGAUCCAGCAAUGCCUGCAAAAUUUCCCAUCCAAGAGGCCAGGUAUUCGCGAGGUGCUGCAUCUGCUGGAGGAGGCCAGAGCUGGUUUUAGGGAUGAAGGGAGUGAGAGGAACAAACGUGAACUGGUACGAGCUCUUCAGACCCAGCCCAGGAACCAGAAUUUGGAGCGUGUUCUCCGAGACCUGGUGACAGAGAGAUGCUCAUCUCCAGUCCCGUGUGCAGGCUAAAGACACGGAGUUAGUUACAGCACAGCAGCAAUUGAGACGUAAUGAAGAACAUUUGCAAGCAACUGAGAGGGAGAUGCAGACACUCCGACAAGAGCUCACAGACAGGGACAGGGAGAUUGCUGGGAAGGAUGAGGAAAGUGAGAGAGACAAGCAGACACUCAGACAAGAGCUGACGAGAAAGGAGGCAGAGGUGACGAGGGCAGAGGAGACUAUCAGGAGAGAGCAGCAGCAGAUUCAGGAGAUGAGACAGAGAGAGACUGAGUUAGUGCAGGCCAAGGACAGGGAGAUAGCUCUGCAGCAGCAACUGGGGGAAAAGGAGCAGCAGAUUCAGGAGAUGAGACAGAGAGAGACUGAGUUAGUGCAGGCCACAGACAGGGAGAUAGCUCUGCUCCAGGGGGAAAAGUCCCAGCAGUCAGCAUCCUACACAUGUCAGGUCAGUGGACCUGGUCUAACAUCAGCCACAGUCAACCAACCAACACACGUCCUAGUCCAACUAACUGACUCUAGUGGUAGACCACACUCACCUCCACUGAAUGUUACCGCACAACUUGAGCUCGUUUCAAAAGCCACAAGAACUACAACAAUUUGGCCUUGGUCUAAGAAACAAGAAACUCUACCCAAUGAAUCGCAUGUAUCGGUUGCCAUGACGUCUCCCUCCCAAUACGAGGUGUCGUACACACCAGUCAGUCGAGGCCAACACAAACUCCAUGUUCAAGUCAACGACAGAGAAAUCAAUAGCAGCCCCUUCGCUGUGACCAUGUACCCUGACCCCAGACAACUAGGCCACCCAGUGAGGACUGUGACUGGAUUGAACCUUCCAUAUGGCAUUGUCUUCAACAGUCAUCAGGAGAUGAUUGUCAGUGAAUAUUUGGGUCAUAGAGUGUCUAUCUUUGACAUCAGAGGACAGAAAAUUCGAACAUUUGGAUCACAUGGUGGCAAUCCAGAUAAGAUGAAACUCCCUGCAGGCAUAGCAACUGAUGAUACUGACAAUAUUUAUGUGAGCAGUUGGCACAAGCUGCAGAAGUUCACUAGCAGUGGUGAACUGAUCAAAUGUAUUGGUCAGUUGGGCAGUGAGGAGGGGGAGUUUGAUGUUCCACGUGGAGUAACACUGUAUGACAAUCAAGUGUAUGUGUGUGAUCGUGAUAACCAUCGCAUUCAGGUGUUUGACCUCGACUUGAACUUUGUCCGAUCCAUUGGCUCACGUGGCAAAGGAAGAGGUGAUUUCGAUGCACCACUUGAUGUCACAUUUGAUACUGCCGGGAACAUGUAUAUAGCUGAGUUUAGUAACGGGAGAGUGCAAGUAAUGGACACCAGUGGCCAAUUCAUACGAGUAUUUGGUCAGGAAGGAGAGGGAAAACUGCAUGGGCCAUCAGGUCUUCAUAUUGCUGACAAUUAUGUGUAUGUGUCUGAUUACAGUGGUCAUUGUAUUGUAGUGUAUGAGACCUCAGGUCAGUUUGUCACCUCAUUUGGAAGGCGUGGUCAGGAAGAGGGAGAGUUUCCAUUCUGUAUCACCUCUUGUGCUGGUGGUUUUAUACAUGUUUGU